ACGCUCAUCAUUGGUUUAGUACCUAUGUAUGGGUUGAUCUUUCGACCUUCGAACGAGAUUUUUUGAAUCGAUUUGAUUAUGUGCAUCCAGAGCUAUACUGUACAUGAUCAAGGACCGGGUACAAAAACCUCUCGAGUCUAUCGCAGAGUAUCGAAACCGGUUCUAUCGAAUGUUUGUGAAAACUGAGCGGGGCGAGCAAGUCGGGAGAGAUUUGUUUAUUGAUGGGCUUCGUAGUCGAACGAUAAGGGCAAAGCUGCGAAAGCAGUUCUCCCCCAUCAAUCACACGCUGCAACAGAUUAUGGCAGCUGCAGAGGAGAUGGAACGAAAGUUCACGGCGAACUUCCUGGAAGGAGAAGACUAUCCUAAGGAAGGGGAUUCGUCCGAACUCGCAAGGGCAAGAGCUGAGUUGGCCGCGUUGCAGAACAAGUUCGGGAAUAUGGGAUUUGUGUCUGGCCCGGUCACCUAUAUGGGACAGAUAACCCCUAAACGACCCGCCCCGAGUGUAAUCGCGAGUGUCCCUGUUCCUGUGAUACCAGCACCAGUAAUGACGGCACCCCCGCAAUCGAUUGAGAACCCUGUGAGGACAAAUGAGUCUACUGCCAUUUUUGAACUAACCAAGACGUUAAUUAGUCUAAUCCAGGAAAGCAAAAGGGAACAGCGAGAGCAUAACGCUCGGUUAGAAGCCAUGAUGAGGAGCAUGCGGCCCAUCGCGGUGCGUGCCCCUCCGAUCCAACAAGGGCUGGCCCCGGCGCCUGCUCUCGGGGGAGCCGCGAACAAUCUGAAUGUCUGUUAUGCAUGCCAACAGCCAGGGCAUCUAGCCCGUGACUACCCCCACCGGCCCCCGCAACAACGGGUCGGGGUCGCACCAAUGGCAGCGACCCCCAUCGCUAACGGACCUGGGCGGGUAGGAGCUCUCAUGGAAGACAUGGAAGGUGUAGGAAGUGCGCUAGCAACCACAGAAGAGGCUUCUGAGCUCAUCCCGUUAGAUCAGUAUGUAUCGCGUGGUUAUCCUGGGCUCGGAAGGAUCGGAACGAUCAGACCGGCGCCAGAACAGAAAGAAGUGGCGGAGUGGCGACCCUCUCCAGGAGAGAUGGAGUCGGGAGGACCCACCUUCGUCACUAGGGAAAUCGAUGUGCCCAACAUCAUCCGAGCCUUGGACCAUCGGAUUCCACUUCCGAUCGGCCACCUGCUCUCGAUCUCUGAACAAGCUAAUGAGCGAAUGCUACAGCACUGUAAAGUGAAUCGGAAGCGAUUCGCUCUCGCCCGAACAAGGAAUGUAAAGGCUAAGAACCCCACACCAGACGAAAACACGGCGGGCACGUCGGAUCCAAUACGGGUAGGGUUAAUACAGAAAGACGAUCAUUUCCUACGGAUUAAAUCCAUCCCGUGGAAAUCUGCGGAAUGUGACAUUGAAAUAUGGGGAAUUCCGUACAAUGCAAUCAUCGAUUCGGGAGCUGCUGUUUUGGCUAUCUCACUGCGAGUAGUUGAGAGCGCAGGUAGGAAAAACGAUCUGAUCAUGCUUACAGAGAAGGACCAUCUCGUUUUGACAGACGAAGAAAAGAUUAAAACAGUGGGAUGGAUGGCCAACAUCGCUUUCCGAUUGGGAAAGGUGCAUGCACUAGGAGAUGUCGUGGUAUUAGAUGUGAAUACCUACGAUGUUUUUUUCGGUCUUCCCGCUCUUGUGGCAUUACGAGCGAAUUUGGAUUUUGAGCGACGGGCAAUCAUCCUCCGAAAUACGGGAGGAAAACUCUAUGUUGUACCUAUGAUACUGACUCUUCGAACUACCACCAACGCAGUCCCACGAGUUUCGCCGAUGAUAGCGGGGACUCUUCGUAUGAUCGCCUGGGAAGACUCCGCAGACGAUGAACCAUCAUUGAGGGAUGCGGAUAGCAAUGACGACAACGAUCCAGAAAUUCUGAAGCUAGCACGACAGCGUAUCUAUUACACACCGCCCAGAACGAUCGCAAGAACGAUGCAUUUAACCAGUCGGAACAUCCAAAGGACCAAGGCGAUGAUUUUGGGUGAACCCCUCGUACAGAUUUCGAGGAUGGUCGAUUCUUUGGAACCCCCUCGAACCCUGUACGAAGGAAUUUCCCCUCUCCUCGCCCGAUACAACGACAAGAAGCACUACUGCGAUAUCACAGAUCUACCGAAGUCCCUACUGACACCUGCAAAGGAAAUACGACUGUUACGUCUAGGGGCGGAGGCCAGUUCUUUGGAACCCCCUGGGCACCUCGAGGCUAAAUCAGACGAGCUCGGAGUAAAGAUCGCAACUAAAACCGUACCAUGGCAAGACAUCUGCAAUGGAAUCACCCCGGAAGGACACAUGGCCAUCCGGGAGGAAGACGCCCAGAUGAUGACCACGGUGUUCUCCUGGCGAUCGAACCGUUCGUUCAUCUCUGCGCCACCGCCCGAUGUGGCGAAACAAUCACGCACGAAGCAGAUCGACGUACGAAUCUGGGAUCAACUUUUUGAGUUACACGUGCCACAGUACGUACCUGAUGAGAUUCAUCGUUUGAUUGCGGACAUUCUGACGGAAUAUCAGGGAGCGAUUAGCGUAACAGACACUGAUAUCGGCUUGUCACUGGUCAUUUAACAUGAAAUUCAGACGGGAAAUCGUUCCCCCAUCCACUGCAAGCCCUACCGAUACUCCAUGAUAGAACGGAAAAAGACUCUCGAACGGAUUCGGGAAUUUGAAGCAAGCGGGUGGAUCGAGCCCGCCACCGGACCAUGGUCAUUUCCAGUAGUGCUAGUACCGAAGAAAAACGGAUCAAUCCGCAUAUGCAUCGAUUAUCGCAAACUGAAUGAAAUCACGAUUAAAGA